GAAUCAGCCUAUAAACCUAAAAUUCAAAGCUGCUUCUAACAAAGAAAACAAAGCAUUUUUCCUUCAGUUCCUAACAGAACUUAUGUUGUGGUUUAAGCCUGUUGUUCACAUCUAAUCAUGCUCACCAGUGACUAUUCCAAGCAUCAUAUGUUUGUGUGAAAUCCCCUAUUAUUCAGUAUUUCCUUCAUUGCGUUCAGUUAAUCUACAAUUAAUGCAUUUUAAAAGGGCGGUGGUGUCCUGCCAUCCCUGCUCUCUCACUCUGCAAUUGGGCAUGGUGGUUAGGAAGGGUUGUAAACGUCAGCUAGGUAGUUAGGUAACUCCUGGUAUUUAAGGAGGUGAGAACAAACACUGAUCUUCUUUUAGGUGUGGACAAGUGUGAGAUAGAUUGAAUUGGACAAGUUGAAGGAGGAUUUUUAAAGUUGAAAAUAUGUGUUUUGGAAGGUGUGCUAGAUGUGUUGGUUAUAAGUUGCUCAUCCUUGCCCUCCUCUGCAUCGUGGCCAACGCUUUACUUUAUUUUCCCAAUGGCGAAACAAGAUUUGCUUCAGAGCAUCACCUCAGCAAAUACGUGGAGUGCCUUCAUGGCAUUCUAGGUGGAGGCUUUCUGGUACUCAUUCCAGCUGCAGUGUUCAUUGGGCUUCACAAUGACGACUGCUGUGGGUGCUUUGGCCACGAGGGCUGUGGAAAGAGCUGUGCGAUGCUGUCCUCAGUUCUGGCAGCCUUUGUUGGGAUCCUUGGCUCUGGAUACUGUAUAAUCAUUUCAGCACUGGGCUUGUCUCAAGGACCGUAUUGUCUUACCCCCCUAGAAAGAAACUGGAUCUAUCCUUUCACUGACUCAUCUGGAGGGUACUUGUUUGAGUAUAACAAGUGGUCUGAAUGUCAGGAACCUCAAAACAUCGUACAGUGGAAUGUCACCCUCUUUUCCAUCCUCCUUGUUUUGGGAGGAAUAGAAUUCAUUCUGUGCUUCAUACAGAUAAUCAAUGGCAUUCUUGGAGGACUGUGUGGGUUGUGCUGCAGUCAUGAGGAGACAUAUGUUUGCUAGAAACCUGACAAUGUUAUUGACAUCGGUGCAUGUGCGUGCUGCAAUGAAUAUACUGUGUAUUUUUAAAAAAUAUUCCAGGCAAACUGAAAUACACAUUGUUGUCAAACUCUGCUGUUACCACGAAUUUAACUGACUUGGGGCCUCUGUUGUUGAAGUCAUAUGCAGGUUUUCCACUAACCUGCCUGAACUGAAAGGCACAAUGUAUCCUGAAUAUCUUUGGUUCAUUUCAUAUUGGUACAGGCAACUGCCUUAACACAUGUCACUAAAGUGGCUUUAUUUAUUUUUCUCUUUCUACUGACACAACAGCUCUGUACUUUGUCUUGAUUUCCCAAUAAAAUUGAUCUUUCAUUCCGAUCUUGGAAUGAAUACAAACCAAA